AUGGCCCCACUGCUUCUGCCCCUGCUGGCGGCCCUGGCCCUGGCGCAGGUCCCUGCAGCCUUAGCUGAUGUCCUGGAAGGGGACAGCUCAGAGGACCGUGCCUUCCGCGUGCGCAUCGCCGGUGCCGCGCCGCUGCAGGGCGUGCUGGGCGGCGCCCUCACCAUCCCGUGCCACGUCCACUACCUGCGGCCGCCGAGCCGCCGCGCGGCGCUGGGCUCUCCACGGGUCAAGUGGACCUUCCUUUCCGGGGGCCGGGAGGCUGAGGUGCUGGUGGCACGGGGGCUCCGUGUCAAAGUGAGCGAGGCCUACCGGUUCCGCGUGGCGCUGCCUGCCUACCCCGCCUCGCUCACCGACGUCUCCCUGGCACUGAGCGAGCUGCGGCCCAACGACUCGGGCAUCUACCGCUGCGAGGUCCAGCACGGCAUUGAUGAUAGCAGUGAUGCUGUGGAGGUCAAGGUCAAAGGGGUCGUCUUUCUCUACCGAGAGGGCUCUGCCCGCUACGCUUUCUCCUUUGCCAUGGCGCAAGAGGCCUGUGCCCGCAUCGGAGCCACAAUUGCAACCCCAGAGCAGCUCUAUGCCGCCUACCUUGGGGGUUAUGAGCAGUGUGAUGCCGGCUGGCUGGCCGACCAGACCGUGAGGUACCCCAUCCAGACCCCACGGGAGGCCUGUUACGGAGACAUGGACGGCUUCCCUGGGGUCCGGAACUACGGAGUGGUGGACCCAGAUGACCUCUACGAUGUCUACUGUUAUGCUGAGGACCUAAAUGGAGAACUGUUCCUAGGUGCUCCUCUAGGCAAGCUGACGUGGGAGGAGGCACGGGAGUACUGCCGGGAGCGGGGUGCAGAGAUUGCCACCACGGGCCAGCUCUACGCAGCCUGGGAUGGUGGCCUGGACCGCUGCAGCCCAGGCUGGCUGGCCGAUGGCAGCGUGCGCUACCCCAUUGUCACACCCAGCCAGCGCUGUGGUGGGGGCCUGCCUGGUGUCAAGACUCUCUUCCUCUUCCCCAAUCAGACCGGCUUCCCCAACAAGCAUAGCCGCUUCAACGUCUACUGCUUCCGAGACUCUGUCCAGCCCUCUGCCGUCCCUGAGACCUCCAACCCAUCCUCCGAUCUGGCCUCUGAUGGACUGGAGGCCAUUGUCACAGUGACAGAGACCCUGGAGGAACUGCAGCUUCCCCAGGAAGCUGUGGAGAGCGAGUCCCGUGGGGCCAUCUACUCCAUUCCCAUCCUGGAGGAUGGAGCAGGCGGAAGCUCGACUCCAGAAGACCCAGCAGAGGCCCCUAGGACCCUCCUAGAAUUCGAAACCCAAUCCAUUGUAACACCUGAGGAGUCCUCAGAGGAAGAAGACAAGGCAUGGGAGAAAGAAGAGAAAUACAAGGCUGAAAAAGAGGAGGAGGAGGAAGAAAUGGUGGAGGAGGUGGUGGAGGAUGAGGACCUGUGGGCAUGGCCCAGCGAGCUUAGUGGCCCAGGUCCUGAGGCUUCUCUCCCCACUGAGCCAGCCCUGGAGGAGUCGCCCUCCCAGGCAACCCUGCCAGCAAGAACAACCCUGCAGCCUGGUGCGUCACCUCUUCCUGAUGGAGCAUCAGAAGCUCCAAGGCCUCCAAGGGUCCGUGGACCACCUCCGGAGACUCUGCCCACUGCUAGGGAGGGGAAACUGGCAUCUCCGCCCCCUUCCACUCCUCUUGGGGCGAGAGAAGUUGGGGAGGAAACUGGAGGUCCUGAGCUAUCUGGGGUCUCUCGAGGAGAGAGUGAAGAGACAGGGAGCUCCGAGGAUGCCCCUUCCUUGCUUCCAGCCACAAGGGCCCCCGAGGGUACCAGGGAACUGGAGGUUCCCUCUGAAGAGAAUUCUGGAAGAACUGACCCAGCAGGGACCUCAGUGCAGGCCCAGCCAGUGCUGCCCACUGACAGCGCCAGCCGAGGUGGAGUGGCCGUGGCCCCCUCUUCAGGUGACUGUGUCCCCAGCCCCUGCCACAAUGGUGGGACAUGCUUGGAGGAGGAGGAGGGGGCUCGCUGCCUGUGUUUGCCUGGCUAUGGGGGGGACCUGUGCGAUGUUGGCCUCCGCUUCUGCAGCCCGGGCUGGGACGCCUUCCAGGGCGCCUGCUACAAGCACUUUUCUACGCGGCGGAGCUGGGAGGAGGCGGAGACCCAGUGCCGGCUGCACGGCGCGCACCUGACCAGCAUCAGCACCCCCGAGGAGCAGGACUUCGUCAACAAUCAAUACCGGGAGUAUCAGUGGAUCGGGCUCAACGACAGGACCAUCGAAGGCGACUUCCUGUGGUCGGACGGAGUCCCCCUGCUUUAUGAGAACUGGAACCGUGGGCAGCCCGACAGCUACUUCCUGUCUGGAGAGAACUGCGUGGUCAUGGUGUGGCACGAUCAGGGACAGUGGAGCGACGUGCCUUGCAACUACCACCUGCCCUACACCUGCAGGAUGGGGCUGGUGUCCUGUGGGCCCCCACCGGAGCUGCCCCUGGCUCAAGUGUUCGGCCGCCCACGGCUGCGCUAUGAGGUGGACACGGUGCUUCGCUACCGGUGCCGAGAGGGGCUGGCCCAGCGCAACCUGCCUCUGAUCCGCUGCCAGGAGGACGGUCGCUGGGAGCCCCCCCAGAUCUCCUGUGUGCCCCGCAGGCCUGCCCGAGCUCUGCACCCACUGAAGGCCCCAGAAGCACAGCAAGGGAGGCUGCUGGGACGCUGGGAGGCACUGUUGGCCUCUCCUCCCAGCCCCCCUCCAGGUCCCUAG